UUGGGGAGUGCAACAAAUCUUCCAGGUAGCACCCAAUUGGCCACUGUGUCAUUUGCCGUGUAUACAUUAACUUGGAUAUAUACCCAAUACAGCAAGUAUACCUACAGUGCUCAACCAGCACCGCCCAAAACGCCCGCCUUGUUUGUUUUAGCUGUAAAACGAUCCAUCUACAGCAGCCGGGCUCGAUUGACGCUGUCUGCCUGUGCUUUGCUGCUACGCCUGGCUCGGAAUAACAAGACAGUUUGCUAAUACCAGCAGAUCGUGGCUUUACUCAUAUCUACACAGCGAGCUAAAAAAAAAAAAAAAAAAAAAAAAAAAAUCAAGCAAGCAAGGGAGCCAGGCACAUAACACAGCUCAAGUUCCGCAACCCAGCAUGGCUUCGGGAGACCUUUACGAGGUUGAAAAAAUUGUAGAUAAGAGAAAGAACAAAAAGGGAAAAUGGGAAUAUCUUAUCCGGUGGAAAGGCUACGGGAGCAAUGAGGACACGUGGGAGCCUGAGCAUCACCUCCAACACUGUGAAGAGUUCAUUGAUGAUUUUAAUGGACUUCCCAUUCCCAAGGACAAGCGCUCCAAGCCAGGCAAGCAGGCUGGGGGCCUUCGGUUUCUCAGGGAAGGGAGAGCUGCCUCUUCUGAGGCUGCCAGGGGCAAAGUGGCAACCCACAAAAAGAAAAGGACUAACACGACGGGCUCCCAAAAGCAAAAACGGUGUUAUGGCGGUAAACACGCACUUGACAGAGCUACAAAGACUGUGACAUAUAGGACCACCCCCAGUGGACUGCAGAUAAUGCCCAUGAGGAAGCCACACAGUGGAAUACAAAAUGGAGACACUAGUCUGGACAAAGAUUCCUUACACUAUAGAGCUACAGCCCGGGAACAAAAAUUAGCAAACGAUGGAGAACAUGAAAUGUUGGACGACUUGGAAGUUAGUGACUCCCCCCUUAUGAAUGGAAUUGGGUCCACACUUUCCAAUGGGGGAAUUAAUUUGCACAGUGCAGUAAAACGGAAACUGGUAGAAGACAAAGACUAUGUGUUUGACAAACGACUCAGAUACAAUGUUCGGCAAAAUGAAAGUAACUGUCGGUUCAGGGACAUAGUGGUUAGAAAAGAAGAAGGUUUCACACAUAUACUGCUAUCAAGCCAAACAUCAGACAACAAUGCAUUAACCCCAGAGAUAAUGAAAGAAGUGAGGAGAGCUUUGGGUAACGCCUCAGUAGAUGACAGCAAGCUGCUGCUCUUGAGCUCAGUGGGUAGUGUGUUCUGCAGUGGCUUGGAUUACUCAUACCUUAUUGGCAGGUUAUCAACCGACAGGAGAAAGGAGAGCACAAGGAUUGCAGAAUCCAUAAGGGAUUUUGUAAAAGCUUUUAUUCAGUUUAAGAAGCCCAUCGUGGUAGCUAUCAAUGGACCAGCUCUUGGGUUAGGAGCUUCCAUCCUGCCGCUCUGUGACAUUGUGUGGGCCAGCGAGAAGGCCUGGUUUCAGACACCUUGUGCCACUAUCAGGCUGACCCCAGCAGGCUGCUCAUCUUACACCUUCCCUCAGAUUCUGGGGGUUGCACUGGCAAACGAGAUGUUGUUCUGUGGGAGGAAGCUAACCGCUCAGGAGGCAUGCAGUAGGGGAUUAGUAUCACAAGUCUUCUGGCCAACAACCUUCAGUCAAGAAGUGAUGCUCAGAGUAAAGGAAAUGGCUACCUGCAGUGCUAUGGUGCUGGAAGAAUCCAAAUACCUGGUGCGAAGUUUGCUGAAGUCUUCGCUGGAGGGGGUCAAUGAGAAAGAGUGCCAGAUGUUAAAGCAACUGUGGAGCUCCUCAAAAGGACUCGAUUCCCUAUUCAGUUACUUGCAGGAUAAGAUCUACGAAGUCUAACUUCCCCGUCAAUAUGAAAG